CGUUCUUUCGCUUUCCAAUGGCUGCUCAGUUGUUCUAUCCCGAUCUUGCGACGGUCGGGACAUCUCACGUCGACCUCACCAACUACACGCUCAUCCUGCCCUGCGAGUCGGUGGGCAACGUCGGUCAGCUGUGCAUCGACCUGCUCGGCGCAACUCUGCUGCACCAAGCAGCGACCGCCUCGAGCAAGCACACUUCGUUCCAGCGCAUCGGGUUUUUGCACUCGUCCGCACUGCUCCCUGCUGCGGGCAACGACGCACUGGCGCCCGCAUCGGUGGCAUCGCAGGGCAAUCUCUGCACCGCCGCCGAGGUCUUCCGCGACACCUCACGCAAGAUUGUCUUGAUCCAACAGCGAGCACCCAUCGUCAAGUCUCGACGACGCGAAUUUGCCACUGCGCUGACACAAUGGUUCACCCAGCACGAGUUUGCCAAGAUUCUUGUACUUGCAAGCAUCGACGCCAACAUCCGUCGUGAUUCACAGCUUGUCGGAUUGCCAUUCCGAUACCUGACAAGCCCGUCCAUGAUGCACCUUGAAACCAAGCUGGGAUCGCUGGGGGUGCGAACAGUCGAGCCCGCGGCCGAUUUGCAGUUCCUGGGUGACCGAGUGACUGAAAAGACAAAGCAGCGCGCCAUGUUUGCUGGAAGCGGUAUUGCGCGGAUUCUCUUCGAGCAGGGCGUCAUGAUGGAUUUGCCCAUUGCCGUCUUGUUCAAGUUCUGCGCCGAAGGCGACAAUCGUGCUGAUGCUGCUCGGCUGGCCAGUCUGGUGAGCCAGCUGGUCACCGUGGUUGACGCACCUCCACCACCUUCGGCCAUCGCAGAUUCGGAGGAGUUGCCCGCCGUUUGGCAAUCGCCCGCAUCCUGGCACGCUGUCUUUGGUGCGCCUGCCGCUGCAUCGCUAUUUUGAAAAUGUAACCGAGUACAUGUAUCCCAGACAUUUUAUGGACAAG